AGCAUCCCUGCAGCGCCAGUGCCUUGGAAAAUCCUUGGCAUCCUUGGAAAAUCGCCUUUGGCUGGGAGCAGAGCGCGCCACAACUUGGGAUUUUCCGCAGGGGAAAAGGGGCGACUCCCGGUGCUGCAUCCUUCCCUUGGGAGCGGGGAUGGGACGAGCCCUUCCCGAAGCUCCUUGGCAGGGCGGGGGGGCAGCGGGGGCUGGGGACCCCGGCCAGGAAAAGGGGGGGCCCAAAUGUGUGUGCCCGGUGCGGGGUGAUGGCGUUCCGCAUCUCGCCGUGCUCCCCCUCCUCGGGCACCUUUAACUCUAUUAGUUUGUGCGUUGUUUUAUGCCGAGCUGCCCGGAGCUCCGUGUUUAUGCCGUGUGUCACAGCCGAGCCCACGGUCCAUCGAGUCCCGGAGCCGGGUCCUGCCCGGUGCUGGGUCACCGGGGGCUGUUGUCAUGUCCUGCCCACGCUCUGUCCCCGCAGGUCACCUCCCGGGAUGCCGGAGGGGGGGAGGUGUGUGCUGGUUUGUUUCUGGUGUUACGAGCAUCUCGCUAUCCGGUGUGCAGGGAGUGGAAGGCGCUGCUCGGAGUCGGGAGGAGCAGAGCCGUGGGUGGUGGGUCUGGGGAGGGUGACAGCGCUGCCCAUCCAGACCACUUCCCACCUUUAAUCCUGUGCCGGGUGUGGUGCUAAGGAAUACCACUGGUUGCCUCAGCAACGGCUAUUAAGCCAGGAAAAGGGUAUGACAUUUAUUUAGCGUUGUGGAUAGAGCUGCCAUCUCAUUAUUGCUGUCUGUGGCAGCUCCUGAGUGCAGAGACAGCUGCUGCAGGGUGGCAGCCAGGGCUGCUCCUGGCUUCCCCCAGAGCCUCUCCUGUGCUGGCCUUCAAUGCCUGGCUCUACUGCCUCCCAGGGCUGGGGGAAAGUGGAGCUGGCACCUCAGGGAGCAGAGCUGGGCUCGAUUCCUGCCCUUCUGCUGGUUUGGGGGAGAUAAUUGGGGUUUGGUGAAUGUGGGUAAAGCCUGAGAGAGGGAGGGGUGCCUGAGGAAAGCCCUCCUGCCCUGUGAAGUGCCACCAUGGUGCUUUGAGCUGGGUGUUUGUCACUCUCUGGGCUCUCUCCAGCAGCCCCUUGGUGCUGACACAGAGCAGAGGCUUUUUCCUGGUGGUCCCAUUGCUUGGGAUGUUGGUGUGGGUUCCCUGCAGGUACCAGGUGGUUGCCAUUGCCUUGGGAUUUGCCUUCCACUCCUGCUGGAAGUGCUGAGCUUGGGCAGGGGCUGUGGGUGCACAGCCACCCAGGCUGGGGAAUUCCAUGGAGUGGAAUUCCCACUGUGCUCUGUUAGGAAUGAAAAACCUGGGGAAACAUGAUCCUGUAGGUUAUGGGGUUAAUUAUUCAGCACCAUGGCUGGAACCAGGAGCAGGUGGGGCAUUCUUGUGCCUGUUGCUCUCUGCUCAUGCUUUUGGUUUUCCUUUCUCUUCUAGGCUGACCUCAGGUUAAGUCAGGAGCUUGUGCAGACUCCAAGGAGCAGUAGAAAGGCCCAGUUGCAGAAAUUUGGGUGGGGUUUUUUUCCCCACUCCCAGAAUUUUAACCUUUCUCAGAGCUGUAUUAUUCCCAUUUCACAAGGCCACACCUGGUUUUGGUCCCUCAGUGCAGGUGAGCCCAGCUGAGAGCAGGGACAGGCAGGGCUGUCCUUGGGAAGCUGUGCCACAUCUGUCACCCCAGGGCCACAGCUGAGAAGACAAACACUGGGAAGAAGCUCUGAUCUGAGCAGGGACAGAAACAAUAAACUGGAAUUAGCCAGGGCACUGAGCAGCCCUCAGUAUUUGGCUGUUGCCAUGGUUAAGGUUCUGGAGAAGUCCUGUGCUGCAGUGGAUGUGCAGGUUGAGAUGAGCUGUGUGAUCUGUCACCAUCUUCUUCCUCCCCCCCAAGCCCAUAUGGCCAAAAUAAAUCAAACCAACCCUGGAAGCUGCAGGAUUGACUGUUUGUCAGCAGGCUGCAAGGGAAGGAGUGGAGUCUGACUCUCUGAGGCAUCCUGGCUGCUGUUAUGCAGGAUGAGCAGCAUGACCAGCACUCUCUGAUUUUUUAGGGCUUUUAUCAGAUAGAAUGAGGCUUUUUUACCAACCCAGAAAUACCCAGGUUUGGAGGGGUGUGGGUUUUCAACUGGAAAUAUUCCCCUUGUAACCUGUGCUCCUCCUUCUUUUCCAAGUUUUGUUGUGCAUGGAGGAGAGUCCUGAGCUCUGCACAGAGGAAGGGAAGCAGAUGUUACCUGUCCAAUCCACCUGCACACGUGUCCCUGGAAUGUGAGCUGAGAGAAAAGCUGGGUGGUGUGUGAAAGCAAACAGUCCUCUUGGUCUUUCUUCUGCAAAAAAACUUAGUUUAUGUUUAACUUGCCACUCAGGAAGCAGCUCUGAGUCUUUACUCAUCAGGAACUGUUGAACCUGGACUGAAUAUUUUGCUGCCUGUUCUUAGAAAUCUUUCAAAUAUUUGGGUUGACCACAGCCUGCUUGUCUUCUGCCAGAUAUAUUGUUUAUUUUUCAGUAGCUGGAAUGGUUGUCACUGUGUAGCUGUUGACUAAUUCCUUCAUCAUGUGUCAUGGGAACAGCAGUCAGUCUCUUCCUCCCACCCUUUCAGAGAAGCCCCUGCCUUGCAGCCAUGUUGCCUGGUUUGUGGCUAAAUAACACAAAUGACUGGUAAGAGCAAUGUUUUUGCAGCUUGGGUUUGUUUUUCUGUGUGCCUGCUCUUCCAAAAUAUCAGAUUGCAGGCAUCAGUGCCAGCUAUUUCAUUCUGGAUGGGUAGAAAAUUGUAAAUUAAUUUAAUGUUACUAAGAUUUGAAAAAUUAAUGUUGAGAGCUUUAAGUGUUCUCAAGGCCAGUUUAUUAAAAAUUAAAAAAAAAAAAAGGGAAAAGGCCUUUGUGUAGCUGUCAAAAGUGUUCAGGCAAGAUAAGGAUGAGGAUGAUGGGCUGCAGGUUGGUGAUGAAAGCUGCUGUUGGCAGAGGGGACCCUCUGAUGUCAAGCACCCAGGGCAGCCUUUUUCAGAUAUUUCUGUGCCAGGAGAGAACAGAGGGCCCUUAAUGCAGCAUUUCUCGAUUGCCUGCAUCGAUCUGCUCUGAAGAGCAGCUCUGAUCACUGGGGACCAUUUCCUCUCCUCUCAGAGAUAAAAGCAGGGCUUUGCACAAGAGCUCUCGUGCUCCAGGAACCCCUGCCUUGAGCCUUCAUCCCCAGAGCAGGUUUUGUGCUGCUUUCCCCCUUCCUCACACCUUCUCUGGGCCAGGGGAGCCUCUGUCCUCUGCUGCCAAAAUUUCCUGCCCUCCUCCCUCCCUGCAUCCUGGCUGUUGCCAUGGAAAUGCCUGGCUGUGCACAGAUUCAGGACUUCAGGGCAGUUUGGAGCUGGAAGCUGCCCUUGGUUUCAGCAUCAUCCUUUGCCAUGUCCCAGUGAAUCCAAAAGGCUCCUCAGGGUGCCAUCAGUGCCUUGGAAAAACAGGAGCUUUGGGAUGUGGUGAGAGCAGAGCCCAGCUUCGAGGCUGGGUGUGCUGGAAACACAGAAAUGACUAAAGUUUGCCUCAAAUGUUUCCUUAAAUGUCUGUAUUGAGCAUUUACAGCGAGCAGUGCCCACAGAUGGUGUGGAAAUGUGCCUUUGACAGGAAUAGCACCGGCUAGAACGUGAUCUCAGGCAGCUUAAAUUCGUGUUGCAAGCAGGGAUUCUUUGGCCAAAAGUUGAUGUUCUGUGAAGAAAGUCUGCAGCAAAACACUCUCAGCAAGCACACGUGGCUGGGAUCACCCCUGUGUCCCCCAGGGUGCAAUGCUGCACUGUGGAGCCUUCCAUUAACGUGUUUUAAAUUCAUUUUCCAGCAAACUGCGCAAAUAUUCCGAGUUCUUCUCCUCCCUUAUCCCCCCAGGAGCCUCACCCCAGCAUCCAGCUGUGAGCACAGGCAGUUCCAGGGGAAGGGCUGGCCUGGAAUUCCCUCCUGGGUGUCACGUGGAGGAUCCCUCAGCUGCAGGAGGUGGCAUCUUUUAUUCAGCAAGUGGUCAUAAAUAAUGAAAGAAGACUUUUAGAAAAGCCAGAGGUCUCAGUGGGCUGGAGGGUGAUCGAUGUUCCUGAGGCAGCAAGAACAGGGAGCUGCCAAAUGGCUCUCAAGGCAGGUGCCUGGUGCCAUCAGAGCUGUCCCUGUGCUGUCCCCUCGUGCCAGGGGUUCCCAAAAUGUCUCUGGGUGUAAAUGCUGCCUGUGCCCUGCAGCUGGGGGGGUUUAACUGAUCCCAGCACAAUUAAUUUGGGUUUUUUGUAGUGGUCAGGCACUAAACUCUUGGAGAAGUGGCAGAGCAGGGCUGCAGCUGGGGGUGGUGCUGAACAGUGUGUCUGGCACCUGAUUUUGGGAUCAUCAGGGGUGUUUGUUGCAGGAGAGAUCAGGGAGGUGGUAAGGCAGGAGAAACGGGAAUCCUGCAGCACCGAGUCUGAAAUGUGAAUUUUAUCAACAAGGCUGCUGAAAAAGGGCAGCAAGACAGGCAACAGGCAGGCAUUUCAUUUUCAAAUGAGCAGAUAAAUCUGCUUGGUGAGAGGUUUCAGUCUGAGAACUUCUGCUGUAGCUGCAAAAGUGGCUUCAGCUCCUGUAGUAUUUUCUGGGUUCCCAGGACGAAGGGAGGGAAAUGAUGGAUCUGACUCCAUGUUCUCAGAAGGCUAAUUUAUUAUUUCAUGAUCUAUAUUGCAUUGAGGAAUGCUACACUAAAACUAUACUAAAGAAUAGAGAAAGGAUACAGACAGAAGGCUAAAGGAUAAUAAUGAAAAACUGGUGACUCCUUCCAGAGUCCUGACACAGCCUGACUGGGGUUGGUCAUUCAGUUAAAACAAUUCACAUGAAACCAAUCCAACAACCUCCAAACCACAUUCCAAAGCAGCAAAACACAGGAGAAGCCAAUGAGAUAAUAUUGUUUUCCUUUCUCUCUGAGGCAUCUCAGCUUCCCAGGAGAAGAAUCCUGGGCAAAGAGAUUUUUCAGAAAAUGUGAUGGUGACAAGCUCCAGCAUGGGCAAUGUGGUGAAAUAUCCCAGGAUUUCUAUCCAGCAUUCCCUGUACAUUCCUGUGGGCACCAGAAGGACUUGGGGUUUGGAAAAAUGCCUUUGUGACCUGGGGCUGAGCAGAGAUUCUGCACUUGCUUUGCCUGGGACACCUUUGGUACAUCCAGCAAAACCAGGCUUACAUUCCUGCUGGGAAAUAUCCCCCUGCAGGGCAGGGGAGGCUGAUUGUCCUUGCAAAUACAGCCCUGCCUGGGGAUGUCCUAAUGUUGCACCUCAGUGAUCUUCAGCAUUUUGUAACACCUGAGAAGUGCUGCAGAGUUCCAUGGGGAGCUGCUUCCUGGGGAGAUUUUUUGGGGAAAGAAACCUUGGUUGGGAGCAGCAAUUACAGGAGAGCUCAGAUCACAUCAGGGAAUGCCCACAUUGCACCAAAACUGACAAGGAAAAUGGGAUUUUUUUUUUUAAAGUGCAAGAAUUAACUUCAAACACAUAAUCAAAGCAGUGAUGAGAACACUGAUGAGAAUGAGAAAACUCCAGCUUGGAAAAGAAUUUGAGAAUCAAAUCAAGUUUAAAGGCUCUUUCAUCAGUGGAUUGGGUGGUUCUGGGGUUUUUUAAAUGAUUUUGUUGUUUUGUUUGAUGGCUUUUGAGGACUUGCUGGUUCUCCUGGGCCAGGUGGGUUGAACAGGAGCAGUGAACCUGAAGUGCUGGGUGAAUGAUUUGGCUCAGUGUUCUUGGAGGUCUCUUCCAACCUAAACAAUUCCAUGAUUCUGGGAUGAGUUCUGUGAUUCUGAGGGGGUACAGGCAGUGCAGCUUCCUGGCUCUGGUCCUGUAGCAUCUCAUCCACCUGAUCUGUCAGCCUGUCUAGAGGUGGAUGUUCAGAGGGAGCAGGAGACAUCCCCAUCCUCAUCUCCAUCACCAUUUUUAGCUGUAAAUCCUUUGGGUUUGGGUUUGGGAUGGAAUGGGAUGCUCUCCCACUGCUUUGGCUCCAGUGUGGGGCUGCUGUGCCACUUUUUUUGCUCAUCCAGGCAUUUUUUUUGGUGCUGGAUAUGGCAGCCAGGCCCAUUCCUGGAUCUGGUGGCCAGGAGCAUCCCCACAGCUCCCUCAGCCUGUGGCAAUGGCAGCGAGCUUGACCCUGGAACAGGACUGGGAAAAGGAUCUCCCUGGGGACUCUGUUUGCAUCUGGCUUGCUGUAAACAAUUUCACAGAGUUAUGAGCAUGGCCAGAUAACCAGGAGGUGCUGUGCAUCCACAGAAAUGCCUCCAUAACCAGUGAAAGGCUGUGCAAGAGGCAGGAAAAGAGACUGCAGGUGAUCCAGAGUACAGGUUCUACAGGGAACAAUCUGACCAGGCACAACAGCUGAGAGUCAAUAUUGCCUUGGACUAAUUAAACCUGCAGUUCUCAGUGUGCUCCUGGUCCCUGCACCUCGGUGGUGGCUGUGGCUGUGAUAAUAUUUGGCUUGUUCCAGCAGGGUAAAUGACAGCAAAGCUGAACUUUGGGUGAUGAAUAUCCCUGGGAAUUUUGUAGCAGAGAGGUCUAAACCUUCAUCCUUCAUCCCUCCCUGGGGUUGUUGGGCAGGUGAAGGUUUGGUUUCCCUUUCCAGGGGACUUGUCCUGUGCUCCCAGCUGGAGCCAGGGGGGCUGUUUGUGCUGUUGUGGAAUACUUGAUGAUAUUCCUCUCGAGUUUACCUACAGCUAAAUUAUUAGUUGCUGUUUUAAUUUCUCUUCUAAUAAAAAAGGAGCAAACAUCUCAUUUCCCUAGGCUGGCAUGAGAUCCAGAGUGGGCAGCUUCAUCUGUUGGGAUUGUUCUGGCUGCAGUCUGAGAAUUAGCAUUAAAAUGCAGCACAUUCAGAGUCUGCUCUGUGCAGGGAGCCAAGGGGUGUCACAAAUCCCCUGGCAGAUCCCAGCUGUGGUCCUGGUGAUCCCAGCUGGCUGUGGGAGAGUCCUUUGGGGUCUGCAGGCAGCAGCACAGGAGAUCUGUCAGGAGUUUUGGGCUUCUCUGGCUCUGAGCUGUCCUGCAGAUGCCAGCUGUGUUUGUAUGGGCAAAUGUAAAAUUGUUUUGUUGGAAAACUUUCCUGGUAUGUAGAGAAAGUUGGGAUCUCUUGGCUCCAUUCCCUGGAAGUGUUGAUUCUGUUCCCUGGAAGUGCCCAAGGCCAGCUUGGAUGGGGCUUGGAGCAGCCUGGGAUAGGGGAAGCUGUCCCUGCCCACGGCAGGGGGUGGAAUGGGAUGAGCUUUAAGUUCUUUCCCACCUACACCAUUCCAGGAUUCCAAGAUAUCCCUUGUUUUCUGUUACAAGGCCAUGUCUGUCUGUCUGUGCUGGGGCUGGUGUUUGUAUUUGUCACACACCAGGUGAGUGCCCUUGCUGCCCUUUCCACUUCCAGUCCUUUAGACUUGAUUUAUUUUUAAUGUUACAACCUCAGUCAAUGCAGUGCAAUAUUUUUUUAUUUGUAUUUUUGAUGGGUAAUUUUCCACUAAACUGUGUCUCUUGGAAGGUGUUUUGUUUGUGCCUCGAGCAUGCAGGUGGUGUGUGCAGUGUUGGCACUGAAAUGCCCACUCAGAGCCGUGUCCUGCUGUCCUGGAUGGUCCCCAGGCCCUGGACAGACAGAUGGUCACUGCCAUGGGGAAGGGCCUGAGGCAUUGUGUCAAUGUACUGAAAUUUCAAACAAAUAUUUGAAUAUACUCCUUAUAUUCCAAUAUUUCCUGAUUGAAUCAGAAGCUGGUAAAGGCAUAACUCUGCAGAUUGAUUUUCAGGUGUAUUUUGGUGUGUGUGGGGGUAAAAUCCUGAUAGCCCCAGUGCUGCCAUGGGUGUACAUUGAAUAUCUGUGUGUGGUCAGCUGGAUGUGUGAGGGAAGGGCUGAGUCCUGCUGCCAGAGCAAGCUCAGCCUGCCUGGGUGAGGGUCAGGAGCCAUCUGGAAAAGGGUGGCUCAGCCAAAUUUCAGGGAAUCCCUGAGGGCCCCAAGAAGUGAACCUCCCCACCAGGGGUGGUCAGGGAUGGCUCCUGGGCUGGGCAAGAUGCCAGAAUAUCUCCGGGGGGAAUUCCAGGUGGAGGAAAAGGGGCAGCAUGUGGUGGACACAUGGAAGUGUGUGCUGCUCCCCAUCCCUGCUCCAGCCCUGCAGCCAAGGCCUGGGGAUGUGUGGGGAGACAGAGGCUCCUCUCCUCUUGCUGGGGCUGGCUCUGCCCCUGUUUCUGUUGCUGAGUGUGAAAUGAAAUGGUGCUGGAGCAAGGAGCCCUCAGUGAGAAUGGCAGCUGCCCCUUCUCUGGUGCCCAGGUGGGGCACUGGGACAGGGGGAAGGUGAGGAGUGAAGGAGCCACCAGGAGAAACCUGAAGAUGGGAGGUGAGGAGUGAAGGAGCCACCAGGAGGAAAUUGAAGUUGAGAGGUGAGGAGUGAAGGAGCCACCAGGAGGAAAUUGAAGUUGAGAGGUGAGGAAUGAAGGAGCCACCAGGAGGUGCCCUGACCAGGGACAGCUGCAGUUUUAGGACACAAUAAAGCACUGAGGUGGAAGAUGGAGCUUUAUCCUGGUCCCUGGGGUGUUCUUCCCAGUGGAGUCACUGCUCUGAGCACAGGGCUGGAAUUUCCCAGUGCUCUGAGGCACCUCCAGUCCCGAGUUCCACAUCUCAGUGACAUUCCUUCCUGAUUCAGUACCAGCUCAUCCGAGCUGCUGGCAUCCAGGGAAGUCUCAGGGCUCUGUUAGUCACCAGGCAGGGAGCAGUGCUGGCAUCUCACCUGAUGGCUCUGACGGAGCAGCUCUUGGCUCACAGAGUUUCUGCUCUUAAUCCAUGCUCAGGAUUUCCUUUAUGGAGCUGUCAGCUGUGCAUAACUGACCUUGAUUAUACCUUGCAGAGGAGUUUAAUUCCCCAAAUGAUGCCAUUAAAAGUCUCUCAUUCAUGCCAAGGUUUGCUUGGCCAGGUCUUGACCUGCUGUAUUUCCCUCCUCCCUGUGCCCUCAGGGAGAGCAGAGCUCAGCAGAGCUUCCUUCACACCUUCAGCUCUGUGCUGGCAACACUUUCCCCUGUGUUUUUCCAAAACCAAGAUGUCACAGAGGCACUGGAAGAUGAGAUCCAGGCAUGCUGGCAGCUGUGUUUGAAAGGAAAAGUGGUUGGGAAGUGAAUGUUUGAGGAGCAAAGACUCAGCUGGGCUUUGGCUGCUUGCAGCAGGAUUAGGGAGGGUGGCAGCUGGGGAUGGGAGUCACCACUCUGCUGCCAGACCUGGCCUCCUGUCUGCUCCCUGCAGCAAUUACCCUCCUAGUUUGUGUGGGGUCCUGUUUGUUUUUGUCCCCUAAUGGUGGCCCUGAUGAGCACUAAGUGACAGCUUCCCCUGGGUCAGCUGAGUGCCAGCUGUGAGUCAGAGAGGGCAGAGCUGCUGGCCCUGCUGUGCAAAUGGAAUUCCUGGGCACAGCUGGUGCCAGGUGAUCACUGAAUUAGGCACUGAUGGAGAGUUGCAGUCAUUUGGGACAUCUGUGUCACAGGAAAUUUGUCAAACAAAAUGAGAGAAGAGAACAAUGCUGUAAAAACCUUAAAUAUGAGAUUUGGGUACCUUUAUUGGAUGACUUUUAUCUAAGUGAUGCUCAGUUCCCUCAGUUAAUUCUCGGCUCAUCGUUUUCCAACUGUGAAGUUUCUCAGAAAUUAAACAAUCUUUUUUUAUACCUGACUUUUAGAAGUGGCUGGUGAUGCUCAGCAGGCAGAGCUGCAUCAAUCCUCUGUGAGCUCUCCUGUGCCAUUGGGAACACCUGGGAGCAGAGGGGGCUCCUGUGCACCCACCCCACUGCAGGUCCAUGGCUGAGAUUCCAUGUUUUCCCUGACUGCCUCUGUCCUGCAGGUGAAGCAGAUCAUGGAGGAGGCUGUGACAAGGAAGUUUGUGCAUGAGGACAGCAGCCACAUCAUCUCCUUUUGUGCCGCCGUGGAAUGCUGUGUGCUGUUCGGGCUGAAGCGGAGGGCGGCCGGGUUCCUGCGCAGCAACAAGAUCGCAGCACUCUUCAUGAAGGUGGGCAAGAGCUUCCCCCUGGCAGAGGAGCUCUGCAGGAAGGUGCAGGACCUGGAGCAGCUCAUUGAGAACGCGAGAAACCAGGCCCAGGGGGUCCCGGAGAACGUGCGCAAGGUGCCGAAGAUGCCCAACCUGUCUCCUCAGGCCAUCAGGCACCUCUGGAUCCGCACAGCCCUCUUCGAAAAGGUCCUGGAUAAAAUCGUGCACUACCUGGUGGAGAACAGCAGUAAGUACUAUGAGAAGGAAGCUCUCCUGAUGGAUCCUGUGGAUGGGCCAAUUCUAGCAUCUUUAUUGGUGGGGCCCUGUGCACUGGAGUACACCAAGAUGAAGACUGCUGACCACUUCUGGACAGACCCCUCUGCAGAUGAGCUGGUCCAGAGGCACAGGAUCCACAGCUCCCACUGCCGCCAGGACUCGCCCACCAAGCGCCCGGCGCUCUGCAUUCAGAAAAGACAUUCCAGUGGCAGCAUGGAUGACAGGCCAUCCCUGUCUGCCAGGGACUACGUGGAGUCCCUGCACCAGAAUUCCCGAGCCACGCUCCUGUACGGCAAGAACAACGUCCUGGUGCAGCCGCGAGACGACAUGGAGGCAAUCCCAGGAUAUCUGUCCCUUCACCAGACUGCUGACAUCAUGGCACUGAAGUGGACCCCCAACCAGCUGAUGAAUGGCUCCGUGGGGGACCUGGACUAUGAGAAGAGUGUGUACUGGGACUACGCCAUGACCAUUCGCCUGGAGGAGAUCGUGUACCUGCACUGCCACCAGCAGGCAGUAGACAGUGGUGGCACGGUUGUCCUGGUGAGCCAGGAUGGCAUCCAGAGGCCACCUCUGCGCUUCCCCCGUGGAGGACACUUGCUGCAGUUCCUGUCCUGCCUGGAGAAUGGCCUCCUGCCCCACGGGCAGCUGGAUCCACCCCUCUGGUCACAGCGGGGAAAGGGAAAGGUGUUCCCCAAACUGAAGAAGAGAAGCCCCCAGGGCUCCUCCGAGUCCGCGUCCGACAAGGAAGAUGACGAAGCCACGGAUUAUGUCUUCAGGAUCAUCUACCCUGGGACACAGACAGAGUUUGUUGCCAUUAAUGGUGCUUUUCACCCACUCCUUGCACCUGUGACUGCUGGGAGAGGGAAGAUCAUGAAGAUUCCAGCUGGAAGCAAGAUGGUGGUGAUCCCCAAAUGGUGUCUGAGUCUCCCUGGCAGAUCCCGAGCUCUCCGUGCUGCUCUGGGCACCUCUUGGCAUCAGUUGCCCCAGGACCUGAUGGAUGCUCCAGGGGCUGUCCUGCCCCCCAUGUGGCAGCCCAGCACCCGCAAAUCCUCCUGCUCCUCCUGCUCCCAGAGUGGCUCCUCCAACGGGGGCCCGGCCAAUGGCUGCAGCCACGAGAGAGCUCCAUUGAAGCUGCUGUGUGACAACAUGAAAUACCAGAUCCUGUCCCGGGCUUUCUAUGGAUGGUUGGCCUACUGCAGACACCUGUCCACGGUGAGGACCCACCUGUCGGCGCUGGUGAACCACAACAUCGUGUCCCCUGAUGUCCCCUGCAGCGCCAACGCAGGGCUCACCGUGGACAUCUGGCACAAAUACUUGCAGGACAGCUCGAGUUACGAGGACCAGGAGCUGCUGCGGCUGAUCUACUACGGCGGGAUCCAGCACGAGAUCAGGAAGGCUGUGUGGCCCUUCCUGCUGGGCCAUUACCAGUUUGGGAUGACAGAGGCAGAGAGGAAGGAGGCUGACGAGCAGACCCGGGCGUGCUAUGAGCACACCAUGGCAGAGUGGCUGGGCUGCGAGGCCAUCGUCCGGCAGCGCGAGAAGGAGUCGCACGCUGCAGCCCUGGCCAAGUGCUCCUCGGGGGCCAGCCUGGACUCCCACAUCCAGAGGAUGAUGCACAGGGACUCGACCAUCAGCAACGAGUCCUCACAGAGCUGCAGCUCCGGCCGGCAGAACCACGCCCGGCUGCAGAGUGACUCCAGCUCCAGCACCCAGGUGUUUGAAUCUGUGGAUGAGGUGGAACAGACUGAAGCAGAUUCUCAGCUGGAAGAUGGCAAACAAAGCAAGAUCCCCAAUGGGACAGUCCCCAAUGGCACGUGUUCCCCUGAUUCUGGGCACCCCUCUUCCCAAAACUUCUCCAUCACAUCGGGGUUCUCGGAGCGCAGCUUCAGCAACGAGGACAGUGCCCUGGAAACCACCAAAUCCUCAUCCAGCUCCCAGGGAAAGGCUGCUGGCUCUGACCUGCCAGCCCCACCAGACACAGAUGGUGUCCAGCAGGAGAAGCUGCAGGGCCAAGACAGCCUGGAAGGUGAAUUUUCCACUGGUGGAAGCGUGGACUUUGUCCCCAUGAGUGAGGGCUCGGCGGGGCUCCUGCGUGACAGUGACACUGUGGCCCUGACUGUGGUGGAGAGCUGGGCAGACAGCGAGGCUGAGAAGCAGAGCCUGGUGGAGAGUGAGGACAACCUCUCUGAGGAGCCAGAGAUGGAGAGUCUGUACCCACAGCUGGACUCUCUGACUGUGACUGAUCUGACCAGCAGUGAACCAGCUGCUCUCUCCUCCACGGGUGUCACCUACUCUCCAGAGCUGCUGGACAUGUACACGGUGAACCUGCACCGCAUCGAGAAGGAUGUGCAGCGCUGUGACCGCAACUACUGGUACUUCACCCCCGCCAACCUGGAGAAGCUCCGCAACGUCAUGUGCAGCUACAUCUGGCAGCACAUUGAGAUUGGCUACGUGCAGGGCAUGUGUGACCUGCUGGCCCCUCUCCUGGUCAUCCUGGAUGAUGAGGCUCUGGCUUUCAGCUGCUUCACUGAGCUGAUGAAGAGGAUGAACCAGAACUUCCCCCACGGAGGAGCCAUGGACACCCACUUUGCCAACAUGAGGUCGCUGAUCCAGAUUCUGGACUCUGAGCUCUUUGAGCUGAUGCACCAGAAUGGGGAUUACACUCAUUUCUACUUCUGCUACAGAUGGUUUCUCCUGGACUUCAAGAGAGAGCUGGUGUAUGAUGAUGUCUUUGCUGUCUGGGAGACCAUCUGGGCUGCUGCUCACGUCUCCUCUGCUCACUACGUGCUCUUCAUAGCCCUGGCCCUGGUGGAGAUGUACCGGGACAUCAUCCUGGAGAACAACAUGGAUUUUACAGACAUCAUCAAGUUUUUCAAUGAAAUGGCCGAGCGCCACAACACCAAGCAGAUCCUGAAGCUGGCUCGGGACCUGGUCUAUAAAGUGCAGACUCUGAUUGAGAACAAAUGAAGGACCCGGGGCAGACGAGGCAGCCAAAGAGCCAGGACUCCCCUCCGACGCUUCCUCCCUUCUCCUGUCUCUCCAAGUGCCACACCUGUGGGACUCAGGUGGUGGGACACGUGCUGCUAUGUGAGCUGGGAGUCCCCUGGGCUCAGCACAGGCCCAGGCUCAGACCUUCUGCAGUGACUCAACCAAAGAUCCCUCCAGGUGUGUUCCUGUGCCUGGAGCAGGACCAGGCAGUGGCUUCCUGGCCUCGGAGCACCUGCUGUGGCCACCAAAACUCCCCAGGCAUUGCCACAUCCCAGGGUGGAGCUUGGGGGCUGGAGGAGCAGAGCUUGGUGGCACAGAGGGAAAGCUGAUUCCUUGGAAAGCUGCUUCCUUGGGCAGCCCUUCCCUGUGGUGUGGGAAGGCAGCCAGCCCUGCGAGCCCAGGCAGCACAGGGAUGCUGCCAGUGCUCAGCUUCUCACCAACACAAUGAGGUUCUGCCAGUAAUGGGGGGGGGACUUUGAUCACAGAAAUUCCUCUUUUGAUCUUGUCCCUCAGUGCGUUGCUUUCCCUUCAGUAUUUUCUUUUUUAGGCUUCUGUUUUCUCCCUGGGAUUUUACAUUGUUCCUACAAUAUCUGAGCACACAAGAGAUUUGUGUCUGGAUGGAUUUUCAGAACAGCUCCAAAUUCAGCAUUGGGGUUAUUUUUCAAAAUCCAGCCUCUGUAAUCUUCUCUGAACACUAGGAAAUCUGGUCCUGACCUCCUCUGGGAACUCCAGGCUGGAGGUUUUCUUACCUGCCUUACUUUAGCUGCUUGUGGUAGGAGUCUGGUCUCUUGUUGUUCCUCUGAUCUCUUGUGAGGGAAGGGCUCCUCAGAAGGCAAGUCAGAGCUCCUGAUUAUCCUGACUUUCCCUCUGACAGCUUCAGGGCUGGCUGUUGAGUCUCCUAAACCCACUGAGCAACUCCAGUUAGGUCUUGGUGGGCUUUUCCCACAGGCCUGUGAGAGGAAAAUAGCCCAAGGUCCCUGAGUGGGCUUUGCUUUGGGAAGAUGCCCUUGUGUGGCCACUUUUCCUGCACAGCCUGGAGCCCACUGCAUGAAGUGCCUCUCCAGCUGCUGUGUCCCACACAGGCUGCCCUGCAGAGGCUUCGGAGUCAUUUUUCAACUCAGGUAAAAACAAUACAAGAAAAGGAGAGGGGUGGGUGGAUGGAGGGUCCAGCCCAGCCAGGGAAGGCAAUGCUGGAGGUGCUGGGCUGGAGCUCUCUCUGAGGGUACUUUCUCUCAAGUUUUGCUGCAAACAUUUGUGUUCCUCCUGGUGCAAUGUGUGCUGUGUGUGUGCUCUCCUCUGGCACUGCUCCUGCCUUGCUGCUGGAGUGCUCCCACAGGAGGGAAAGGGGCCCUUCCUCCUCCUGUGGAUCAUCUGUCUGUGCUGGUUUGUGCUGGCUCGUGGCACGUGUCAGAUGUUGCUGGCAGAAAAAAGGUGGUUGUCAGUCUGCACAGGAGAAAACUGCUGCUUCAGGGAAGGUCUGAGCAGCCUGGUGGAGUGGUUUGCUGUUUCUGAGCAAAUCAGCAAUUUCUGUAUUCUGGGACAUAGAGGUCACAGCUGGAAAAGGCAGUGGCACAUCCUGAACCCUUUAGGGAAGGAGCUGGGGCAGGGGGAGAGCAAUGGGCAGCCCUUCACUCCUCAUAAUCCCAACAGAUGUGUACAACAAUCUGGGAAACUCCCUGAAGCAGUAAAACCCCAAAGGGUGCUGGGCUGCAGUAGCACAGGAAACAAAGAGCUUGAGAUCUGCCAGUUCCUGGGAGAAUCUUUCAUCUUUCCAUCAAGCAGAGUGAAAAGCUCGUGUCCUCCCUCCUUCCAGGCUGCUCCUGUUCCCUCAGAGCUCUAGGACAGAUCUGUCACCAGUCUAGAGGGAAAGGGAAGUGUCUGUUCUCCCCUUCCUGAGGGCCAGGGUCACCUUAAACACCACCUGACCAAGCAACAUUGCUGACACUAAACCUUUCAAGCUUCUUUCCUUGGUUUUUAAACAAAAACAGCCAAGAAAUUCUGCACAAUAUUUGCUGUCUGUAUUAACUGAGAGUGUCUUUGGGCCGCUCAAUAGCAGUGUUUUUUUGAAUAAUUUCUGGGAGGGGGGGAAGUAUUUAUUUAUUGAUUGUACCUGACUGUGUGUCCUUGUGUGCUGGCGUGUGAGUGCGCGCUGUUGUGCAAAUGGAGAUAGAAAUUUUCAAUGUUAUUUACAAUAUCUUGUAAAUGUUUACCAGAGAAUUGUGUCUAUAUAUAAUAUAUAUAUACAGUAUAGAGAGAAAAUAUGUCAACUAAGUGAGUUAUUUUUUGAGGGGGGGGUGGGGUGAGAAAUCUUUUGCUUCUAAGAACUGUGUGGUUUCUAUAGCACCUAUUCCAUGAUGUGCCAAUCUGUCACUGUCCCUGUGCUGGGAGAGUUGUUCUGGUGGGGCAACAGGAAGCUCAGAGCAGAGUCACCAUCACAGCCUCAGUGUGGUUUCAUCUUGGUUCUGGCUUUAAGACUGGAUGAGAGGAAAAAAAAAUGAGGAAAAAAAUAAUAUCAAAAAGCUUUGUUUCAGCUGUGUUGCUGGGCAAGUUCUUGUGCUUGUGGGGACCCACAGUGAGACCCCACAAGGAACAUGGGGCUCUCUUUAAUGCUUAAAAGCUGCUAAGAAGCUGAAAAGCAAAGGUUUUGCUUUUUGUGCAGCUGUUUGUGGGUCUUCUCUGGGCUCAGCCUCUCCUGCCUGGCUCUGCCUCCCCUGCUGGAUCCCCAUGAGAUAAAGCCUUGUUCUGGAAUUCUGACGGGGCAAUCGUGGUGCUGGAAGCCAGCAGGGAUCUCUCCCAGCUGGGCAGCCCAGGAUGGCCUGUUUGCCACACAGGAGAGGCCUGUCACCAGGCUUGUCCAUAUACAGUAAUCUUGUCUGGCCCCUUGGGGAAGAGGAAUGUCUCAUCCCAGCAGCUCUGUGCAGCUGGAAUCCCCCCCACAAUGGCACUGCCAGCCCAGGACUAUUUUAGCCUGUUGUUGGCUCUGUGGGAACAGGGACUGGAGCUCUGUGCCUUAAACUGACAGAGGGCAGGGUUAGAUUGGAUUUUAGGGAGAAAUUCUGCACUAUAAGGCACUGGCACACCCUGGAUCCCUGGAAGUGUCCCAGGCCAGGUUGGACACGGCAUGGAGCAACCUGGGACAGUGGAAGGUGUCCCUGCCCAUGGCAUGGGGGGAACACGGUGAUCUCUAAGUUUCCUUCCAACCCCAAGCAUUCCAUAACUCCAGACCUACUGAGGAGAUUGCUGCAAGGGUGGCAUGAGCUGCCAGCCCACAUUCCCUGCCCCAGUCACUACAAACUGAGCCUGAGGAAGGAAGGAAGGAAAGAUGGAUGGACUCCAUGGGCUGAGUUCAGCUCCCAUCACACCCUCACUGAGCACCCACAUUGCUGUGGGGUUUGUACUGGGCUCAGGGAAUCUCAGUGUGUGUAAAUCCACUGAGUGUUUGUGUUCUGGCCCUGUGUUCCCCUGAGGGAGUGACAAAUGGAUUCUCUUCCUGCAUUUGAGCUUUCUGCUCAUGCAACCUUCCAACGAGCUCCUGGUACCCAUCUCUUUUGGUGUCACCUGCGCAGACCCUUUCAAAGUUGUGUUUGUUCCUAAUUGUGUGAUUUUCAUAGGAGUUUUUUCUCUUGCUGUGUUGAGUCCCUGAAUUGAUUUGCUGUGAAUGUUUUUCAUGAAGACUGAGGUGUUGGGUUUUUUUGUGUGUAUGGGAACUUCCUGCUGUGUCCCUGUCCUGCUCUCAUCCAGCCCCUGGCAUGGGGAGCAUCCCUUAACUCUUCCAAAUGCACCUGGUAGUGCAAUCUGAGCCAGCAGUGGAACUGCCCUUGUCACUGACAGGUGAAAAAAUGGCUGAUAGAUGGAGCUAUUGAAGAGAUGGGUCCCAAAAUCCCUGGAGACACAGGUCUUGUGGCCAAGAGCAGUUUAUGGGAUGAAGUUCUUCUUAUUCUUUGUUUUUUAUUUAUUUAUUACUUAUUUUCCCUCUCUUUCCUGGAUUUUCCUGAGAUUGGUCCCCUGCACUGGGAGCCACAGUAGCCAAUGGGCCUCUGACCAGGGUUGGAACCAAUUUUGGGAUUCUCAUCCCCUAAAUUUGCUUUUGAAAUAUCUUACAAUAUCUAAAUCCCUUUUCUCUAGAGGCACAGUGGGAGCCUUUGAUCAGUAGGACCAAAAUGAUGGUCAUGUCAUCAAAUCCUCUGUCUUAUUUCUCAUUCCAUUUGGGAAUUUCCCUGAGUACUGAGCAGUUCUGGGCUUGUCUUCAGCAUUUUACUAUUGUGUGAGCACAAAUUGAUAGAGCACAAUGUAGAGAUGGAGUUCCAGCCCUUCCUAGCACUUUGGAAGGGUUGGAACUCACCAGAACCCAUGUCAGAAAUUCCUGUAAAAGCUUUUUCAGAUGCCCUGAAGUAGAUCAAAUGCCCCUGAUUGUUCCUGCUUUUCCACUCAGGGUUAGCAUUUUCAUUGCCCUGAAUGAGCAGUAUUUCACUGAUUAAGGCAUCUAAACAGUUGUGGUUCUUAGUGUGACCCCAUUUCUGUCCUCUUGUGGCCACAUGGGCUGUGGCUGAGGCCAUUUGGUGCCAUAGCCACAUGUUCACACAGCUCAAUGUGUAGAUUCCUUCCCAACUUUGCCCGAAUCCUGAACUUCCUGGAGAAUGUACGCAGCUGGAAUAGCCAUGGAAGUCUUUUAAUGUGUCUAAUCUAAUCUAAUUUAAUUUUGGAUUGGUGAUAAGCAUAUUCCACCUUAAAUUCCUGCUCAGUAGUUUAAUAGCUUCCUUUUAUAGAUGGGUUUUGCACAUGGAGGCUGAGCAAAGCCUAUGAAUGGUGCUGCAGGGGGACAGUCCCUUCUCCACAGUGGCUCCUGAGCCAUCAGCAGUGGGACAUGUCUGGGAGCAAGGGCACUUUGCAUCAGUGCUUUGAUAAGGGGGAAAAAGCACCAUUUAUCCUCUUUUUUUAAAAUUUAUUUUUUAACAAAUUAAUGCUAAAGAUUAAACUAUGCACAAGAUCUUAAAUAUGUGGAAGUUUUAGGAAUGAGUAUGGCUUUGCUGCUAAGGACAAUAAAGAACUGAAAAUCCUGAUCCUGGAUACUGAGAGACUAAAAAUGUCAUUGUUGUGACUAUGUAAGGUUGACUUAAAUUCUCAGAAAUUCAUUCUCUCUGGAGAAUAAUUCCCAGAAGCCAGGGAAGAAAUUGUUUUCCCAAACAGAAUUAAUGAAAAGCUUUGAAAAUGCAACAAGGAUGUAACCUCAGACCCACGAUUGUCACUUCCCUUGAUCAAGGAGUGUUCUGGAGAGCCAGGCAGGGCAGCAGGGUGUGACAGCCAUCGUGGGGGCUCCAUGGGACAGGGAAUUAGACCUCAGCACAGGGAUUUGAAUGUAUCUGGUGUCCUGGCAUUAGACUUUUCUGUUGCCCUACACAGAAUUGCUGCUUUUCUCUGUUGGAUGCCAUUUUGGUCUCUGGGAGUUGCUCGAUCUGAGCUUAAUGAGCACUUCCAGCUUUUAAUCUAUUUGUAGAAGUGCUGCUAAUGUUCUUAGAUUAUCUGAAUUCCACACUGUGGUAUAAUAUCUGUUUUAUAUUAUUUUAUUCAUGCUUUUGGGUUUUUUUUUUAAUGUAAACUGUUCCUUAUUGUUGUUGAGAAAGAAAAAUUAAAGCUCUAUUCUCUAUGGUUAAUGUAUUUUCAAAUCAA